AUCUGAAAGCCUCCCACAAUGCACUGGAUUAGCAUGUCUCCAGCAGGCAGCGGUGCAGAGGAUCCUCAAUGUCAGGCUUCCUCAUACACACGCCUAGGGUUACACGCCACGUUAACGAGCAGCUCAGAUGUUAAGAGCUUUCGGUGGAAACUUGUUGGUUAAUGAACUAUGCAAGAAUAGCAGCAUUGCUUAUAACAAUGUAAAAGAAGAAAAUAAUCCAAACGGCUCAUUAUGCGAAUCGGUUCCACCUAAAAGAGUCGACUCGUUCGUGAACGACACAUUACUACAGCAAAGCAUAAGACUCGUCUCAGUAUCUACGUUAGACCAAUAGCCUAUAAAUAAAACAAGUUUUCUACCGAAACAGCUAUAAUGUCGGUUUGAAAACAACCCUGUAUUGUGCACAUGCAGACGCUGUUGUUGUUGAUGAUGAUGAUGGUGAUGAUGAUGUCUAAUACGGAUUUGUCCAGCGCCUCUAUCCGGCACAUGUCGGAUAACCAAGAUGUGAAGACCCUGAUAGAGGAAGAAUUCCAAAAACAAAUACUUACGGAGAGUAAUGAACUCAAGAUUUCAAGACACUUGUACCAUCCCACAGGGAACAAUACAGAUGUUUGGCACAGUAUAUGGAAACCCACUAAUCCGGUCUUCUGCUUGGCCUGUGAUACAAUGUUCCCUGAUAGGUUGACACUUGAGGAGCACACAUGCCCUUUUGUGAACUUCAUUUGCUCAUGUGGUGUUAGUUUUCUUAAUUACCCUGAAAUGUGGGCCCAUAGUACUUUCCACAACCAUAGAGGCACUUGUGUACCGAGUCAUCAAAGUGCCAUCCAGAGCAGGAUAACUGCUUCUAAAGAACAAGAGUCAAAGUUGAAGUUGUUAGAGACAAGAGCAAAGAACAUUGGUCUUGUACAGAACACUGCUCAUUUUGCCUGUCUGCCAUCUCCGAAAUCCUCGUUCAAAAGUGGACAAACCAUAAACCUGUGGAAGCAUUUCAAGCCAGUUGUGCAGCUGGAGACUAUUCGGAGAUUUUACCCCAAAGGAAAAUACAUGUGUGCAAUUUGCCAAGAAGUGUUUUGCAAACAGGACCAGCUAAUUGAGCAUGUUAACAGUCACUGUAAGGCCUACAUUUAUGGUUGCAAUCAUUGUGGGCUGCUUUUGAUUGGAAGUGUUCCCCCAAAACCUUACCACAGGUGUAGGUCAUUUGAAACAAAGUUUUUGCAAAGGUUUACUGUUGGCCAAAUGCAGCGAGACCCAUUAUUAGCUGACUCCUAUCCUUGUCCACAUUGUUCCUUAAAAUUUGGUCAUCUGGGGAACCUUAACAACCACAUAUACCUCAACCACACCAACAUAAUCAAAGGUCAGAAAACUUCAAAAAAGUUGUCUCAAGUAAGAAGUGUGACAGGCGUGCACAGGACUUUGGACAGCAUGCCAAAUGAGAGGCAACAAAAUAAAAAAAUUAGUUGCGCCCUUUGUGGAAAAAGGUAUGACACGAUUAAGAUGCUUGGGAUGCACAAGUGCAAAAUUAAGGUGACUUUGCUAAAGCCGGAGACAGUAGCAAAGUUGUCUGCCAGAGAGGAACAGCAAAGAUCUGAUCAAAAUGAUCUGGUAAAGAGAAACUCCAAUGAAGUGACCUUUCGGUUUCAAGACAUCUGCAACAUCAAGGCCUAUGACUGUGCAAAACUAUUAGAAAUAAAAACUGAGCCAAUAGAAGUGAAUCUUAAAAUGACAACUUUUCCCCACAGUGUGUCUGUAAAAACUGAGCCUGAAUUUCAGGAUGAUGAUUAUGGAGUGAAAAUGGAUGGAUUGAGCAUUUUACCAAACAGUCUGAAAUCUGAGGAAAUCUAAAGCAUUGCCUUGGUAGGAUACAUUAGCAUAAAAUAAGUAAUUAAAAAUUCCUUAGCAUUAUUCUUUUACUUUGCUAGUUGUUAUAUUGUUUGUAAUCGUUUUAUGUUAGUGCUUGCCGCAAACCAAUAAAAGUCAUAUAGUUUUCCAUGAUUAUCCCAUCGUUCAUUAGUCUCUGGUGUUUUUUUGUUUUGUUCUAAGCUUCCUUCUAAGUAAUUGUGAAAUCAAAGAGGACUCAGCAGGUGAAUGUGGAUCUAUGUGCACUUUAUUAAAAAUGCACACAAUAUCAAGCAGACCAUGUAAGGAAACCAGACUAGAAACAAGGUAAUAUGAGCACUUGAGAUGUUCUCUCUGUGCUCUCUGGUCAACACUUUGCAAAAACUAAUGAACACAAAGGGUAUAUUAACCAAUCUGAACUAGAACACAAAACACUUUGACCUAAUUAGACAGACUAAAAGCAAAAAGCAGUGACUGGGGCCAAAGACUGGGAAAGGGAGAAAACAAAUUGUAAAUAAAAAUAUACAUGGCAGUCAUUAAAAAACAAAACAUAAUCCCAGUGCACAUCAUGCUGGAACAAUAGCUGGGUGCUGGGAAACUUUAAGGAGAUUUUCUUUUCUUAUAUAGCGUCCCCAAGGCCAGUUAUGUACAGUAUGUAAUGCUGGUUGCAUGAACACUGGAUAACCUCCAGGGGUGCACAAAGUCAAAGUAAACAUGACUCAGUAUUUAAUAUAAAUAAUGUAGCCACAUGCUCAUAGAUUCCCUGGAACGCAUUUGUUUACA